UAGGUCCUAUUUAGCCUGGGAAAAAUUCGGUGCCUUUUCAGGAGGGAAACUUGGCAGGGUUUUGUCCCGAGUUAGAUACGGUUACUAUAAAGGCUAACAGUUUUGAAACAAAAAAAUCCAUAACAUUUUGUAUACAGUAGACGUUAUUAUUACACAAGGUGAACUGCACAUCAUGUCUGGUAUAGCUUUGAGCAGACUUGCCCAGGAGAGGAAGGCCUGGCGAAAGGACCACCCUUUUGGUUUUGUGGCAGUACCAACAAAGAAUCCUGAUGGAACCAUGAACCUGAUGAACUGGGAGUGUGCUAUUCCUGGGAAGAAAGGGACCCCUUGGGAAGGAGGGUUGUUUAAACUCCGGAUGCUGUUUAAGGACGACUAUCCCUCAUCUCCUCCGAAGUGUAAAUUUGAACCUCCGCUGUUCCAUCCCAAUGUGUAUCCAUCCGGCACAGUCUGCCUGUCCAUCUUGGAGGAAGACAAAGACUGGAGGCCUGCCAUCACAAUAAAGCAGAUUCUGUUAGGGAUACAGGAACUUCUGAACGAGCCGAACAUCCAGGACCCCGCUCAAGCAGAGGCAUAUACAAUUUACUGCCAAAACAGAGUAGAAUAUGAGAAAAGGGUUCGUGCGCAGGCCAAAAAAUUCUCUCCAUCUUAAGCGUCAAGAUGUCUGCAUAACUGAAGGCAUUUGGAUUUUUUUUUUCCUCUACAAAUUCUUCAAAAGUGCUCCAUACAAAAAGACAUACUGAAGGACUUAUUUGAAGCUGAGUAUAUUAUAAAUAUAUAUGAUAUUGUGCCAUUUACUGUCCUGAUUCUCCUAUAUUCCAGGUGUCUUGGUUUUUUAUUUUAUUGGCUACAUUGUGAUAUAGGGAGGAAGGAUCUGAUUGUAGGUGGCCUGUGCCCAAAUUACGAGCUGAACUUUAAUACUCCAUAAAACCUGUAAAAUCAUGCUGUGGGUACCCAAGCUUGCUUUUAUCCCCCUUUUAUUUAUAUUUUAAAGUUCCCUUUAGGUGUGAGAGACUUGGCACAAUACAUCACUGCAACUGUCAGAGUUGAAGGCAAAUGUCAAAUUCUGCAUCAAAUGAAGAGUGUCUCCCAAAAUAGACUCUCACUUCUUUUUUUUUUUUUGUAGCGAGACGACUUUUGUUUUCCCACCGGGUCCAUGACGUCUCUACCUUCCAUGGUUUUUAUGAUGUAAAACUCACUAUUACUUUGAAAUGUCAGUAUUUUGACUGCUGCAAAAAAAAGGAAAAAAAGGAACCUUUUUAUACUUUCUAUGACUGUAGAUCUCGUGCUCCGAUGCAGGUCCCUGCCAGCAUGUCCUGUAAGAUGCUGCCGCUUCGCCCAUUUCAGUCUAAAUAAUCAGCUACGCAGAAUCUGUAGCCGGCUACUGCUAUUCUUUUGUUUGUUUGUUUUAAUAUAACCCUUUUCCUCUCUGCAUCACUCUCCAUGUUCUGUCUUGCUGAUUGAAAUGUAAAAUUAAAAUUAAGAAAUUAAAAGGUACCCCCCCCCCGACCCUUACCCUGUUCUUUACGGGGUCACAUACCCUGAAAGAAGUUGUGAAGGGUGUCUUCUUGACUGGGGCUCACCGCUUUUCAAUUGCGGGUUCUCUCAAAAUAAUAUCCACCUCAUGUAGUUGUAGAGUUUUACCAUCUAUGGUAGGUUCAUUUAAUGAACAUUGAAAGUCAGAUUGAUAUAGACACAUUUGAUGAGGACGCUGGGCUGAGGGGUGGGCAUGUUGCCUUCUUGCUCUCUGUCGCCGUUGGAGGACUUGGGCCAGUGGGUUCGCACUUAGCAAAACCUUAAUUGUAUCCUUGAAGCCGGGUGAUAGAAAAACUUACUGCGUACCUGAAUGUACUUGUGGUUUCAGUUACAGGAAUCCUGGUAGCAGUAGCAACUUUAAGUUUAACAGUUUGGCACCAAACAAGUACUUUUGCAUUAUCGUUUCUUCUCCCUCCCCAUUUUCCUUAAAUAUCCCCUCUAUCUACCUGUGUGAGCCUGGGUGUUUUGGCCUUGGGUAUCUGUACAAUGAGCAAGCAUAAAUGUUUUUGUGUGGUUGGCAAUGGUGGGAUUAUUUUUUCUUUUUUUUUCCUUUUUCAGUUUUCAAAGAAAUUAUACUUUUUUUCACAUUUACGGAAUAUGUAAUGGUUCUGUGGAUUGUCAGUGUUUUUGAAUAUGUGCUUUGGGCAUCACUUCCUCCUAAUUGUUUUACUUAUCGUAUGCUCUUCCUUUUAUGUUUAAACAACCUUAGUACUUUGUUUUAUCAGUUAGUUUUCAAUAAACUUUGCUGAAUAUUCUA